AUGACUGUUCUUAUAAUACGUCUUCUUAUAAUUAAUGUUCGUAUAUUAUGUCUUCUUAUAAUGACUGUUCUUAUAAUACGUCUUCUUAUAAUUAAUGUUCGUAUAUUAUGUCUUCUUAUAAUGACUGUUCUUAUAAUACGUCUUCUCAUAAUUAAUGUUCGUAUAUUAUGUCUUCUUAUAAUGACUGUUCUUAUAAUACGUCUUCUCAUAAUUAAUGUUCGUAUAUUAUGUCUUCUUAUAAUGACUGUUCUUAUAAUACGUCUUCUUAUAAUUAAUGUUCGUAUAUUAUGUCUUCUUAUAAUGACUGUUCUUAUAAUACGUCUUCUUAUAAUUAAUGUUCGUAUAUUAUGUCUUCUUAUAAUGACUGUUCUUAUAAUACGUCUUCUUAUAAUUAAUGUUCGUAUAUUAUGUCUUCUUUCUCAUAAUGACUGUUCUUAUAAUACGUCUUCUUAUAAUUAA